UUCGAGAUUCAACAAUUUUAUAUGAUAAGCUUCAAGAUUUUUGUAAUAUAAAUAGAAAAAAUUAUAAUACAUUAAUCAAUGAUGUAAUAAUAUGUUGGAAUAGCACUUACCAUAUGCUUUGUCGAUUCAAAGAUAUGCGUGAUGAACUUAAUCUUCUUAAAAUUGCAUAUUGUGAACUUGAUAACAAUUAUCCAAAUGAAGCAAAAUGGGAAAGUAUUAAUAAUAUAAUCUAUUUGCUAGAACUGAUACUUGUUGCAACAGAAGUUCUCUCAACAAGUUCAUAUCCAACUAUUGCUGAUGUUUGUCUAACUUUUAUGGAAAUUAUUUGCCAUAUAGAACUCUUUAUAGCUAAUAAAUCAUAUUCAGAAAAUGAGCAUAUGAUAGCUCGUUUAAUUAAAAAUAAAUUAGACAAUUAUUGGUCUAUUCUUAAUUCUGAUGAAUCGACAAAAAUAGCUUUAAUUCUUGAUCCAACAUUUAAGCUAAUAACAUUCCAAUCAGAUAUUAAGAAAAAAAAUAUACUUACUAGUUUACAAAAUAUAAUAAUUCAGUACAAAUCAUCAGUUCUAGCAACAAAUACUGCUUCUACAUCUACAUCACAAGCAAUUGAACUACCAUUAGCAGAAGAGUUGGAUAUCACAAAAGAGUUAAAUACAUAUUUGUUUGUAUCAUCUAUUGAUAAUGGUUCUCUUCAAUGGUGGGCCGCUAAUAGAAUUAACUUUUCAACACUUGCAAAAAUGGCACAAGAUUAUCUUGCAAUUCAAGAAACAAGUGUUCCUUGUGAAAAAGUAUUUUCUUUAGCAUCAGAAACAAUUUUUAAAGUUCGUAAUCGUCUUAAACCUAAUACUGUUCGUGCAUCACUUUGCUUAAAAAGUUGGAUGGAAAACAAUGUUA